AUGGCUACCAACGAAAAGGGCGAUGUAACCCACUCGGCAGCAGGCGGCAGCGACAAUGCCCCCGCGACAACUACAGACGGCUUCCGCCCUGCAGGAUGGAUGUACAAGGGCUUCAAGGCAGGCCGCACUGAGCUCUGGUACGCUUCGCCAAAGGUGCAGCUCUUGAUGGUUUCUCUCGUCUGCUUCCUGUGCCCUGGCAUGUUCAAUGCCUUGACUGGUCUCGGCGGCGGCGGACAGGUUUCCAACGAGGCCCAGGAUCAUGCCAACACGGCCCUCUACAGCACUUUCGCCGUGGUCGGCUUCUUUGCCGGCACCUUUGCCAACCGUCUGGGUCUUCGUCUGACCCUCUCCAUCGGAGGACUGGGAUACUGCGUCUAUGCCGCAUCCUUCCUGUGCUUCACUCAUACCCAGAACAUGGGCUUCGUUGUCUUUGCUGGUGCACUGCUUGGUGUUUGCGCCGGUCUUUUGUGGACCGCCCAGGGCGCCAUCAUGAUGUCGUAUCCUCCCGAGCACAGCAAGGGUCGUUACAUUUCCUGGUUUUGGGUUAUUUUCAACAUGGGUGCUGUUAUUGGCUCGCUCAUCCCAUUGGCUCAAAACAUCAACAGGAAGGCUGGCCCUGUCACUGAUGGCACUUAUGCCGCCUUCAUCGUUCUGAUGUGCAUCGGCGCUGUCCUGGCUCUCUUCAUCUGCGACGCCGACAAGGUCGUCCGUGAAGACAACACCAAGGUCAUUGUCAUGAAGAACCCCUCGUGGAGCACCGAGAUCAAGGGUCUGUGGGAGACUCUGUACGACGCCCCCUGGGUUGUGCUCCUCUUCCCCAUGUUCUUCUCGUCCAACAUCUUCUACACGUACCAGAACGUCGACAUGAACCUCGCCCACUUCAACACCCGAACCCGCGCUCUCAACAACCUGCUCUACUGGCUCGCCCAGAUCAUCGGUGCCCUCAUUGUCGGCUACGGCCUCGAUGUUGCCAGCGUCCGCCGCAGCCUCCGUGCCAAGAUCUCUCUCAUUGUGCUCUUUGUCCUGACCUUUGCUAUCUGGGGCGGUGGUUACGCCUGGCAGAAGGACCAGUCACCCCGUGAGAUUGCCAUGGACCCCAAGAAUGAGGACCAGAAGGUUGACUGGGAGGAUGGCGGCAAGCUCUUCCUUGGUCCCAUGUUCCUUUACUUCUUCUAUGGCUUCUUUGAUGCUGCCUGGCAAACUUGCAUCUACUGGUACAUGGGCGCCCUCUCCAACUCUGGCCGCAAGACUGCCAACUUUGCUGGCUUCUACAAGGGCAUCCAGUCUGCUGGUGCCGCCAUCUUCUGGCGUCUUGACGGCAUCAAAAAGCCCUUCGACACAAUCUUCGGUGCCACCUGGGGCUGCCUCGCCGCCUCCCUCCUCAUCGCCGCCCCCGUAAUCUUCAUGCGCAUCCAGGACAGUGUCUCCAUCGAGGAGGAUCUCAAGUUCAGCGACGAGACGAUUGAGGAUGUCAUUGCCGGUCCUACGGAUAAGAAGGUUGUUGACCCCGAGUCUUAA